AUGCCGAAACUAAUUAACUCGGUAGCUUAUGAACUAGGCCUAGCCAAAGAAAAGAACGAAGACCUCCAAAGACGGAUCCAAAAGCUGAACGAGGAGGUAUCACAACUCAAGGCCUACAUCAGAAAAAAUAACCUCCCGUUACCCAAAGCGAAGCAGCCAAUAACCUCACGACCAACCAUUGAGAAGGGAUUUCUUCAGACGACAGAGGCUUCGCGUAAUCGAAGUAUCCAAACACCUACACGGGAGAAACCAGCAUGUACCGAGAGCGUGGUAAUUUAUGAUCAUGGAAAAUCUACCGAGUACCCAUAUACCGAAUACAGCCACGGGUACCGAUACGUUGAUGGAAACUUGGUGGCAAUCGGUAGCACCUGGGAGGAGCCUCGUUACAUGAAACGGACUGCAUCGUCGCGGGAUAAGAGCAGAGGGCCGGGUCCAUGGACAGGAGCUUUUUGGGAACGCAAGAUAAAGGCUGAGAGGGAAAAACGCUCCCUUGACUGUGGCAACGAAAAUGAUAGUGGUUACGAAGAACCAAACGAAGAAAAGCUCGAAGAAAGUAAAUCUGCCGAGGAACUGCUCGAAGAAAAAACGGAAAUUGGGCGAGAAAGCCCAAGUCAUCUUCGAUUUGUCCCGACGAGAAGCGAGUAUAUAUACGAUACUCUAAAAAGAAGUUUACGCCUAGCUCAGGAAAUAUUCUUCCACGGUGUUCGGAAAUAUUUUCCUUCCUAUGCCGACCAAUUAGAUUGUCCGCAAGAAGUACGGUUCGGGCGUCUCGAGCUCGACAGAUUCUUUUACUAUCCGUACACUUUGACGGUACUUGGAAUCCCAGGGCGAUCGUUUGGAUUAUCGACUCUUAGGUACAAGCUCGAGGGGAUUAGUAGACUGCGCAAUACCGUGUGCCAUUAUGGCUCCUACGAAGCUUCUAUGGGUCUCGAGUGCCAUGACAGCCUCAUAGAAGAUGUACAACGCCUAGCUAUUUUCUUCGCAGACGAACGACGGGCCUUUCAAGCACGAGCCCUACGAGACAAGCUUACUGCGCACGCAGAACAGUGUCUAGGUCAGAUCGAGGAUAUGAUGAUGCUUGCUGAACUACCGGGAGCCCGUCCUUGGCUACCACAACAUAUACGCCAGUUCCAACGUCUCGUCUUAAUCAGCCACCCCAAAAACGUGCCCUUUGCUGUUUUGCGUGCGGCAGAGGAUUGGAAUUUACGAAGCAAAACGCCGAUCCGGGAAUGGUCCUGCGAGGAGAUUGCUGAACAGUUUAUCUGA